UCAACAUGAGAUUUGGGUGAGGAUACAGAUCCAAACCAUAUUACAACCAUACUGAUGGAUUGUAAACUACAGUUUUUAACCUGCUUCUGUUAAUUAGAGGGGUAAAGGUUGUAAUUUUUUAUUAAUGUUUAUCUCAUGUAAGUGAUUUUAUUUAUAAGCAUUCUUUUAAAAAUCUUUUUGGCUUGGUGCAGUGGACAGUGUUGGGUGGGCCUGGACAACGUUGUAAGACCUGUCUCUACAAAAAAAGAAAUUAAAAAAUUAGCCAGGCAUGGUGGCACACACGUGUGUAUUCCCUGCUAUUGGGGAGGCUGAGGUGAGAGGAUUGCUCGAGCUAGGAGGUCGAAGCUUCAGUGAGCUAUGAUCAUGCCACUGUACUCCAGCUGGGACAUUGGAGUAGAGACCCUGUCUCUAAUAAAUACAAAUAAAAAAUCUUUUCAUUAUGGAAGAAAUUUUAAAACAUUGAAACAUAUGGAGAAGAAUAUUGUGUACCUUUUCAUCCUGGUCACUUACUUUAAAUAAUUAUCAAUUCAUAGCCAAUUUUGUUUCAUUUCUGCUCCCUCAAUUAUGUUGUAAUAAAUCUGAAACAUUGUGUCAUUUAUAUAGGUAGGUAGAUAUACAUGUAUAUUGUGUAUUUCUAAAAGAUUAAGAUUCUUUUAAAGGUCAUUAUUUUAAAAUAUGAAUAAUUCCUUAAAAUCAAAUAUCUUGUGUUUCCCAUUUCCCCACUUGUUUCUUAAAAAAUUGUAUUGCUGUAUCUUUUAAGUCUUUUUAAAAAAAUUCUGUAGGUUUCCCUCUCUCCCUUUUUCCUUACUAAAUUGUAUUUGUCGAAGAAAACAGGUCAUUUGUUUCCUAGUUUGGUUUUUUCCUGAUUACAUUUUUGAGCUAUCAUUUAACAUGUUUCUCUGCUCCUGUAUUUUCUAUAAGUUGAUAGAUUUAAAGGCAAAAAAGUUGUUUAAAAUUUGUUUUUAUUUUAAAAUUUAAGUACUUCUAAUAUUGUAGAUUUCUCAGAUCAUUACUGUUAUAAGGGGCUUAAAGGUAGCACUCUUAAAAUAUUAUUGUCAUCUAUUCUGCCUUCCUGGUUUGUAGAUGCAGAGACAUCCCAGAGAGGUUGUGAUUUAUCCACAUUUCCACAUCAAGUUGAGAUUACAAUCAAGGGUGCGUUCGAAAGUAAAAAUAACUUCUCCUUUUGAAUUUUGAUGCCUUCAUGUGUGCUAUUUGUGAUUUUGAUUCUUUAGAAUUCCAUCCUGAGCAUUUUUCCAGAGCUAUGCCUAGGAAUUCUUGAAUUUGUCUUCUGCUCUCUCUCUAUCUGGGCUCCACCCUGAUUGUAAUUCAGUUUGUUAAUCUGGUAAUAAAACGUCUGUGUCAAAGUCCUCUUGUGUGUCAAAGUCCUCUUUUGCCACACCUUCCAGUCUACCUUGUGCUUUUCUAAAUUGUGAUUGGACUUAACCUGUGUACUGAUUCUUUUACUUUAAGAAAGUGGCAGCUGUGGACCCCAUAAUCACAAGAGAUGUGUUUACUUCUGAAGUUUUAAAGAUUUUUAGGUUUAUUAUUACUAAAGUAAUAUAUUUGUUUAAACAGUGUGGAAUUAUAUAAACACUGAAUGUACUCCCCAACCUCUCUAUCUUAUGUCUCAGUGAUAACAAUUGCUAAGGGCUUGAUGUGUUUUAUUCUAAACUUAAUUCUAUACAAAUAUAAUUAUAUAGAUAUAUAUACACACAAUUGUUUAUCUUUAAAAAUAAUUCAAAUAUGGCUACAAAACUUUUACAGUAUGAAGCAUUGUCAAUAUUUAUUUUACCGGGAGGAUUUCCCCCAUCAGUGAGUGCUGACUGAUCAAGUUGUAGAUCAGGAAAAACAAGUUAAGAGAGUGCCUACAAAUACCGGGAAAACUUGUGGAUAGAUUUUCAUUUUUUAUGUAAAGACAUAUAAGAACAUGAAUGGUAUAAAAACAAAAUCCUUUGUAAAUGCCAUACAAUUAUAUAUUUAGAAAAAUUAUAUGGUGGUAGAACAUAUAAAAGAACCACAAACUCCCAAAUUUACAUUGAGCUAAUUUAGUACAAUUAGCCUUUGUCAAAGCUUUCCUUGUUUAAAAAAAUUAUUGGCUCAGUGUGCAGGAAGGAGCAUAGAAGAAAAAAUUACCAAGAAUAUUUGAAAAAUACAGAAAAUAAAGAAAAAAAUUACCUACUAUCCUAUCAAAAAUUUUAAUAGCUAGAAUCAGGAUAAGACAGAAUAUUCCUGUGGCAGUAAUUCUAGUCUAUAUUCCUUUCCUGGAACCCUGUCUCCCAAAUUCCAGGUGAGAUUUUAUAAGAAGCUCUGUUUAUCUGAGAUUUAAAAUAUAAAAACUGGAUUUAACUUAUACAGUUUUUUAAAAAGACCCCAAAUAAGUAAAAUUUAGUACUCCACAAAUUGAAUAGAAUUUCUCUCUUCUCUUUACUGCCCUCUGAGUUUCCUCUUUCCUUCUCUCAUCUCCAAUUUUUAUAUAAACACUUUCAGUUCGAGUGGACCUUAGAGAUUGUCUCAUUCAAUACUUUAGGAAAACAAAUUUUAUAGAACCCUUGAGUUCUGCGGAAUUGCUUCUAAUGAACAACACCUUUUGUUGUUGUUGUUGUUUAGUGACACUGUGUAACAGGCAUUUCAGGAGCAGAAUCUCCCAGUCUAGAGGAAUCCUCUCAGAGGUAGCUAUAAAAUGUUGAACUCUGAUCUUCAGUAAGCAUUGUGUGAUUCUUUUUUUUUAAUGACAGUUUUAAACAAGAAAGUAGCUUUAUUUCUGAACUUCAUAAAAAUUUCUAUUAAAGAGACAAUUUCUGAAUUUUAUAACAAUUUCUAGAAAAGUUGAGUACCUCACUUUGAGACAUAUUUUGCUAAAAGUUAUUUUAAAAACACAAAACCCUUAUGAGAUAAAAAUAGGAAGCUAGUAGAUAGGAAAGUCCUCUGCUUAGUAAACCUCUUUUUUGCGUAGUUUAGGCACACACAAUAGUAAAGUUACUUCGUAUGUUGAUAAGUUUUCUUUCUCCUCAAAAGCUACAAUGUCUCACUAGCUAGUUCCUUCAAGAAAGGAAACAAGAAGCUGCUGGAGGAGAUUGGUGAGUGGGAUAAAACACUAUUCAACUCUUCAUUUAUUUGGUUUUUAAAUCCUCAAUGAAAGGCUGCUGUAUAUUAUAGACUAUUUUUUAUUUUUAAUAGACUUAGAACCAAGUUUCUUGGGAAACCUUUGGCAUAUUGUAGUUUUUUUUAUGGCUAUGACUCACAUGACAUUACUGUAUAAAACUAGUACAUUCUCUCGUAAAAGCACACAAACUUACUAGAGUGCUGCUCUCAUUUUUCUACAUUAGAAAUGAAAAAGGGCAUUGUCUGCAUUCAAAAUUUCCUUUUUACGUCUCUGUAUUACUUUUGCCCUUUAUAUUUAUCUUAAAACCAAAAGAAAUAAUGUUUCUAUUGUUUUACUGUAGUUACCACUGAUGCUACAGAAGCUGUAUUGUGAGUGCUUUGCUUUAAAAUUCUCAAACCAGUUUUGUGUGUUAUACUUGGAGCUUAGUCAUCGUCAUACGUAGCAGGACCUGAUUAAGAAGGCUGUGCCGCCUCUAAGCCUUGCUAGAUUGUAGCCACUAGCAACCAGGCUGCAAUAAUUUCCCUUUGAUGACAUCAUCCACUGUGGAAGAACCCAGUUGCUUCAGCGAGUCGAACUACAGUUCUAACCUCAUCAAAUAUGGCAUCUCCCUUGCUUGCUGCAGCAGGGAUGGAAGAAAUGUCACUUUCUUUUUAAGCUAGCAAGCUUUUCUUUUUCUUUUUCUUCUUCUUUUUAAAAAUUCUAAUCAUGGAUGCUUCUUCCGACCCUUAUUUGCCUUAUGACGGGGGAGGAGACAAUAUUCCCCUGAGGGAAUUACAUAAAAGAGGAACUCAUUAUACAAUGACGAAUGGAGGCAGCAUUAACAGUUCUACACAUUUACUGGAUCUUUUGGAUGAACCAAUUCCAGGUGUUGGUACAUAUGAUGAUUUCCAUACUAUUGAUUGGGUGCGAGAAAAAUGUAAAGACAGAGAAAGGCAUAGACGGAUCAACAGCAAAAAGAAAGAAUCAGCAUGGGAAAUGACAAAAAGUUUGUAUGAUGCGUGGUCAGGAUGGCUGGUAGUAACACUAACAGGAUUGGCAUCAGGGGCAUUGGCCGGAUUAAUAGACAUUGCUGCCGAUUGGAUGACUGACCUAAAGGAGGGCAUUUGCCUUAGUGCGUUGUGGUACAACCACGAACAGUGCUGUUGGGGAUCUAAUGAAACAACAUUUGAAGAGAGGGAUAAAUGUCCACAGUGGAAAACAUGGGCAGAAUUAAUCAUAGGUCAAGCAGAGGGUCCUGGUUCUUAUAUUAUGAACUACAUAAUGUACAUCUUCUGGGCCUUGAGUUUUGCCUUUCUUGCAGUUUCCCUGGUAAAGGUAUUUGCUCCAUAUGCCUGUGGCUCUGGAAUUCCAGAGAUUAAAACUAUUUUAAGUGGAUUCAUCAUCAGAGGUUACUUGGGAAAAUGGACUUUAAUGAUUAAAACCGUCACAUUAGUCCUGGCUGUGGCAUCAGGUUUGAGUUUAGGAAAAGAAGGUCCCCUGGUACAUGUUGCCUGUUGCUGCGGAAAUAUCUUUUCCUACCUCUUUCCAAAGUAUAGCACAAACGAAGCUAAAAAAAGGGAGGUGCUAUCAGCUGCCUCAGCUGCAGGGGUUUCUGUAGCUUUUGGUGCACCAAUUGGAGGAGUUCUUUUUAGCCUGGAGGAGGUUAGCUAUUAUUUUCCUCUCAAAACUUUAUGGAGAUCAUUUUUUGCUGCUUUAGUGGCUGCAUUUGUUUUGAGGUCCAUCAAUCCAUUUGGUAACAGCCGUCUGGUCCUUUUUUAUGUGGAGUAUCAUACACCAUGGUACCUUUUUGAACUGUUUCCUUUUAUUCUCCUAGGGGUAUUUGGAGGGCUUUGGGGAGCCUUUUUCAUUAGGGCAAAUAUUGCCUGGUGUCGUCGACGCAAGUCCACCAAAUUUGGAAAGUAUCCUGUUCUGGAAGUCAUUAUUGUUGCAGCCAUUACUGCUGUGAUAGCCUUCCCUAAUCCAUACACUAGGCUAAACACCAGUGAACUGAUCAAAGAGCUUUUUACAGACUGUGGUCCCCUGGAAUCCUCUUCUCUUUGUGACUACAGAAAUGACAUGAAUGCCAGUAAAAUUGUCGAUGACAUUCCUGAUCGUCCAGCAGGCAUUGGAGUAUAUUCAGCUAUAUGGCAGUUAUGCCUGGCACUCAUAUUUAAAAUCAUAAUGACAGUAUUCACUUUUGGCAUCAAGGUUCCAUCAGGCUUGUUCAUCCCCAGCAUGGCCAUUGGAGCGAUCGCAGGAAGGAUUGUGGGGAUUGCGGUGGAGCAGCUUGCCUACUAUCACCACGACUGGUUUAUCUUUAAGGAGUGGUGUGAGGUCGGGGCCGAUUGCAUUACACCUGGCCUUUAUGCCAUGGUUGGUGCUGCUGCAUGCUUAGGUGGUGUGACAAGAAUGACUGUCUCCCUGGUGGUUAUUGUUUUUGAGCUUACCGGAGGCUUGGAAUAUAUUGUUCCCCUUAUGGCUGCAGUCAUGACCAGUAAAUGGGUUGGAGACGCCUUUGGCAGGGAAGGCAUUUAUGAAGCGCACAUCCGAUUAAAUGGAUACCCUUUCUUGGAUGCAAAAGAAGAAUUCACUCAUACCACCCUGGCUGCUGACGUUAUGAGACCUCGAAGGAACGAUCCUCCCUUAGCUGUCCUGACACAGGACAAUAUGACAGUGGAUGAUAUAGAAAACAUGAUUAAUGAAACCAGCUACAAUGGAUUUCCUGUCAUAAUGUCAAAAGAAUCUCAGAGAUUAGUGGGAUUUGCCCUCAGAAGAGACCUGACAAUUGCAAUAGAAAGUGCCAGGAAAAAACAAGAAGGUAUCGUUGGCAGUUCUCGGGUGUGUUUUGCACAGCACACCCCAUCUCUUCCAGCAGAAAGUCCUCGGCCAUUGAAGCUUCGAAGCAUUCUUGACAUGAGCCCUUUUACAGUGACAGACCACACCCCAAUGGAGAUUGUGGUGGAUAUUUUCCGAAAGCUGGGACUGAGGCAGUGCCUUGUAACUCACAAUGGGAUUGUCUUGGGGAUCAUCACAAAGAAGAACAUAUUAGAGCAUCUCGAGCAACUAAAGCAGCACGUGGAACCCUUGGCGCCUCCUUGGCAUUAUAACAAAAAAAGAUAUCCUCCGGCAUAUGGCCCAGACGGCAAACCAAGACCCCGCUUCAAUAAUGUUCAACUGAAUCUCACAGAUGAGGAGAGAGAAGAAACGGAAGAGGAAGUUUAUUUGUUGAAUAGCACAACUCUUUAACCCGAGGGAGUCGUCUACUUUUUUUUCCUCCUUUACAAAAAAAGAAAGGAAAUAUAAAAGCUGGGUUUUUGCAACGUGGUUUGCAAAUAAUGCUGGUGGAAUGGAGGAGUUGUUUGGGGAGGGAAAGGAGAGAGAAGGAAAGGAGUGAGGUAUUUCCCGCCUAACAGAAAGCAGCGUAUCAACUCCUAUUGUUCUGCACUGGAUGCAUUCAGCUGAGGAUGUGCCUGAUAGUGCAGGCUUCCGCCUCAACGGACAUGACAGCAGAGUCCUCGAGCAUCUGGCCUGUUGCUCCAACAUUGCAAAGACACAUUAUCAGUCCCUGUUUCUAGAGGGAUUACUUUGAAUUGAGCCAUCUAUAAAACUGCAAGGUCUUGCCCUUUUUUUUAAUCAAAACUGUUCUGUUUAAUUCAUGAAUUGUAUAGUUAAGCAUUACCUUUCUACAUUCCAGAAGAGCCUUUAUUUCUCUCUCUCUCUCUCUCUCUCCUCUGAGCUGUAACAAAGCCUCUUUAAAUCGGUGUAUCCUUUUGAAGCAGUCCUUUCUCAUAUUGAGAUGUACUGUGAUUUUACUGAAGUUUCAUCACAAGAAGGGAGUGUUUCUUGUGCCAUUAACCAUGUAGUUUGUACCAUCACUAAAUGCUUGGAACAGUACACAUGCACCACAACAAAGGCUGAUCAAACAGUUAAAAUCUCGAAGGCAGCGAGAACGAAAUCUCUCAUUGUGUGCCCUGUGGCUCAAAACCGAAAACAAUGAAGCUUGGUUUUAAAGGAUAAACAGUUUUCUUUUUUGUUUUCCUCUCAGACUUUAUGGAUAAUGUGACCUGGUCUUAUGCAAAUUUUCUAUUUCUAAAACUACUACUAUGAUAUACAAGUGCUGUUCAGCAUAAUUAAACAAAAUGCUGCUGCUUUGACAGUAAAGAGAAGGAAGUAUUCUGAUUAGCUGUAUCUGGUAUUAAUUGCAUGUUAAAACACUGGAAUUUUUUAAAUUGAAAUUAGAUCAGUCAUUCUUUUCUUUUCUCAAGAUAUCUCAUGGCUGACACUGAAGAAGAAAUGUAAUUCAUAACUUGCACUAAAUGUAUAUUUUUUUCUUAAAAAUUUACCAUUCUUAUUUAUAUUUUUAUGGAUUAAAAUUUAUAAAAUACAGAUCAGUUAAUAUUGCACUUAAGUAAUUUUACCUUUUUAAUGUGAUUUUUAUAGAAUAAUUCAGACUUACAAAUACGGAGUUAUGAACAAAGUUUACAGUGGGAACAAAGGUUUAAAAAAGGUUGUGGUUCUCUCUCUGUGAUCCAGUGUGUACAUAAACCUUUCUCUGAUCUUUCACUGCCAUCCUCUGGAUUAUGUCUUCUGACCUGUCCAUUUUGACCCAUUAACUGGAAAGUUGAAAAACUACAUUAGCUGGAAAGUUGAAAAACUACAUUACUUUGGAGAAUAAAACCAAAAGUUAGUGUUUACCUUCUUAAAAAAAAAAUCUAACAAAAAAUUUGAAAACAAUAGAAUUGCAAAGAUAGCAGUUAAAAUUUUAAUCUGAAAAUAACUUUUGAAUCUCGGGCUAGAUCACAUCCAUAUUUGAAGUGGUCAAUGAUGGUUUGAACAUUUUUUGCAGGAUGAGUUAAAAUGCACUGUAGUAUAUUUGGGAUUUUUGUUUUUGGAAUUGUCUGUUUUAAUCACAGUCUUAAUUCACAAUUGGCAAAGGCAGUUUACUCAAAGGACUGGCCUCAAUAUUCUGUAAUUAUGCAUUUUUGAUAGGAAAAUGAAAUUUUUGCAAACAGACAUUUUCUUUUUUUCUUUUUUUUUGGCUGGAGUGCAGUGGGGCAUGGUCUUGGCUCACCGCAGCAUUGACCACCUGGGCUCAAGUGAUAUUCCUGCCUCAGCCACCCAAGUAGCUGGCACUAUGAGCACGCGCCACCAUGCCCAGCUAAUUUUUUUGUAUUUUUAGUAGAGAUGGGGUUUUGCCAUGUUGCCCAGGCUGGUCUCAACUCCUCAGCUCAAGCAAUCUGCCUGUGUAAGCCUCCCAAAGUGGUGGAAUUACAGGCGUGAGCCACUGCACCUGGCCCAGACAGACAUUUUCUGAAACACAACUGGCAAUGAGCUGUUUUUACAUUUUGAAAGUGAUUCUUCACUUCCUAGUUCUUAAUUAUAAUAUACCUAUUAAAAUCUGUACGAUCCUGAAGACUUAUAAGAUCAUGAAGCCAUAUAAGAAUGAGGAUUGAAAGUUGAGCAAAAUUUUUGGGAUUUUGGGAAACAUUCUUAGCUGUGCUGUCUGCCUAAAAUUAUUCCUUAUUACUUCUCUCCUUUGACAGACUUCAAGUUUUCUUCAUAGCCCUUUCAAAGUUUUUUGGGCCAUCCAGAGUAAAAUCAUUUCUAAAUGAUAGUUCUGUAUAUCUCCAACUUGUCUUAAGUGUAUUUGCCUGUGUGCAAGGUAUUGCUAGACUAUGAACUCCUCAGCAUGGCUGCUGGAUAACUUAAUUGUCCUGAGUUACUAGCCUUCAAAGGACAAAUCAGUUUCUUUGCAGAUAGCUUCAUAAAACUUCACAUGGAGUUUAUUUUCCAUAUUUCCCGCUUUUAUUUCUGCUCCUCCUUUCAUUGCCCAUCUUGCUUCAGAGACUGACAUUUCAGGGUGGAUAUUAAUUAAAGCAUUAAUUUUCUUUUUUGGUAUAUUUCUAUCCCUAGCGUGUCUUACUGCUAAAAUACAGGAAAAGUGCCGUAUUUUUAAUGCAUUUAGUGGUUUUCUUUGGUGUUAUCUGUUCCAUUUUUCUUUUUCAUACAUUGAAGUGUGUCUCCUUUUCAACCAAAAUGACGAAAUAGUGGAGACCAUGAAAUUGUUGUGCCUGGCUAAUUGGCAAAUUAAUUUACCAAUAUAAUAAGUGUAGCGCCUUGUUUGAAUACCCUUUUUGAGAAGGUAUGAUGAGAAUGGGCAAGGGUGUCAGCAUCUCUUCUUCUUAAUAAUUGUUUUCAGUUUUGGUUCACGAAGAAUGCUUAGUUAAUCUGUAAUGUUGCCUAGAGCUGUAUUUAUCUGUUUUUAUUUAUACUAGUGUAGUAAAGCUGCAUAUCAUUACAGUAAAAAUGAUUACUGUGAUGAGUUAAUCAGAAAAUCUAUUAAAAUCUAUAUGACAA